AUGCUACAACAAACCGCUGCGACGGCAGCCUUGAUAUGGUAUUGCGCCGUACUUCUGGUCUGUGGGAUUGGUUACACCCAACUACGCCGUUUCUAUUCAAAGACGCGCCAACCUGCAUCAUGCAUCAAGAAUGUGUCCGCUGCGGAUCUACCACAUAUCACCAUCAUACGACCGGUUGUCGGCAUCGAGCCUAAAUUGCAUCAAUGUCUUGCGAGCACGUUUCAGCAGAUAUACCCACGCAACAAGCUUACGUUAUACUUUUGUAUCUCUUCUCGAAAUGACCCUGCGCUAGCUGUGCUCGAGCGACUGCUCGAGGACUUCCCACAUUUCGAUGCGAAAAUACUGGUCGAGAGUGAAGACCCAGCUUUACAGGGCGAUGGCCGAAAGAAGUUGGGACCCAACCCGAAAAUCCGGAACAUGAGCAGAGCCUACCGCGAAGCAAAAAGUGACCUGAUAUGGAUCGUCGACUGUAAUGUGUGGAUCGGCAAAGGUGUUGCUGGACGUAUGGUCGAUACUCUGUGUGGCUACAGCGGGCAGCGGCCAAAUAAAUUCGUUCAUCAAUUGCCCCUAUCCGUUGACAUGCCAUUGUCAGCAAUCGUCGAAGAGACGCAUAUCUCAGACUCAGCCCGAGACUCAUUCAUAAGCUCCCGUCUCCUCGGCGAUCCGGCUUCGCUCAACAAAAAACCUGGCUUCUUUGACCUCUGGGGCGGGCGACUAGACGAGAUGUUCAUGUCCACCUCACACCCUAAAUUCUACACCGCCAUAAACACCGUCCUCAUCGCACCCUGUAUCGUCGGAAAGUCUAGUAUGUUUCGACGCUCCCAUCUCGACUACUUGACCAAGCAGCAGAAUUCCAGUGUCCACGGCAUCGACUUCUUCUCGUACAAUAUCUGCGAAGACCACCUCAUCGGGGACCUUCUCUGGAAGAAUUCCGUUCCAGAAGAGCUCUCGGGUCAAGGGUUUGGAAAGCAUGCACUGGUAUUUGGCGAUCUUGCCAUACAGCCUAUGGCUGGGACAAGUGUAGCCGACUACAUCGCACGCCGAGCGCGCUGGCUGCGUGUACGUAAGUUUACUGUAAUGCUGGCAACCCUUGUUGAGCAUGGCACCGAGAGUUUUGCGGCAUCAGCGUAUGGCGCAUAUUCCAUCACUACGCUGUCGUAUUUUGAAGAAAGAUUACACAUCCCACCCACGUGGACAAGUUUUGGCAUAUUCUGGCUAUGCAGCGUGGCAUUGUGGUGUUUUGUUGACUGGACGCAAUACGUACUUCUCCAUUCAGCGGCUUCCAUAGAGGUCGACGAGAAAACGCCGACUUUCGUGCGUCCUCCGCUGCCAGGACACAAGACAAGGAGGCCCUUUGGAGAAUGGAUCACAGCAUGGAUUGGUCGGGAGUUACUUGCAUUUCCAAUCUGGGCGUGGGCAGUUUUUGGAGGCGUGACGGUCGUUUGGCGCGAGAAAAAAUUCUGGGUUGGAAUGGAUAUGAAGGUGCAUGAGAUUGUAGACCGUGAUAGUAAAGCUAGGAUUGAUUGA